AUGGAACACCUUAAACUUGGAGAUUUUAUUGGAUGUACUCUAUAUAUCACAUUGAGCAAGGAAAGAUUCAUACAAGGGACAUUGGUAGCCGUCGAUUCGCAGGCUAACUUGUUAUUGGAUUACGUAUGGGAGCGAACUAUUACAAAAGACAUAACUAAUGCAAAAUAUAAUGACAGACUUAUGGGACUUGUUAGUGUGCCUAGUGAUACUAUAAUGUCGAUAAAAAUAACGAAAACUAAGGUGAAUAAGUUGGUCACGUUGAAAAAUGAAAUGUUGAGUUCUAUAGUUUGA